AUGAGCAUCCUCUCCGUGAAUAUGGGCGACCAGCCAGUCAGUCCGCAAGGCUCUACGGACAUAGCUGCAGACAUAGCACUUUCGCAAAGUGUUGGUGGAGAAAUGAAGACUGAGAACGCCCUCAUGACUGAAAAGCAAGUGUUCGCGCAGUAA